AUGGCUAAAAAUUUUGAUGAUAUGUUUAAUGAGGCUUUGUAUGGCAAAAGAAGACGUCAAGAUAACACACUGAUAGAUAAUUGGAUCGAUGAGUAUUUACUCGAAGAUUCAGAAGAAGAAGAUAUCGAUAGAAGCCCUAUCCCAAGUACUCGUAGAUGGAUCAACAGAGAUCGAGAAGCAGGACAUGAUCGCCUUUUUCAAGAUUACUUUGCAGAUGAACUGGUGUAUAAUGCUGACAUUUUUCGACAAAGAUUUCGAAUGAGAAGAGAUGUGUUCCUUCGGAUAGUAGACGCUCUCUCAAACGUCUAUCUGUAUUUCCACCAGAGGGUUGAUGCAAUUGGAAGAAGAGGCUUGUCGCCACUUCAGAAAUGUACCGCUGCGAUACGGAUGUUAGCAUACGGCGUAGCAGCUGAUGCUGUUGAUGAUUAUGUGCUGUUUGAUGACAUUCUAAAUGAUCGUGCUCCGGAGGUAAAUUAUACUAUUAAUGGUAAUAAUUAUACUAUGGGAUACUAUUUAACAUAUGGUAUUUAUCCUGAAUGGGCCAUAUUUGUCAAAUCAAUCUCAAAGCCACAAGGGGAGAAACGCAAGUUAUUUGCACAAUACCAAGAAGGGCAAAGAAAAGAUGUGGAACGAGCAUUCGGAGUGUUGCAAGCACGCUUUGCAAUUAUACGUGGUCCAGGUCGUUUUUGGGAAAAGAAGAAGCUUGCCAACAUAAUGAGAGCUUGUAUUAUAUUGCAUAAUAUGAUUGUUGAGGAUGAAAGAGACACUUAUGCAAGAAAUUUUGCUCAAGGCUUAGAGUAUGAUGAUGUUGAAAAUGGAUUAUCAUAA